AUGGCUGUUCCGUCGAAAUGGAGAGCUGAUGACGGUGGUUCGUCGUUUGUUCCUCCCUCUGUCGGCUGUCGGCGCAGGUCUCGACGUUUACAACCAUUAUCUCUUCUUCCCGACUACAUGGAUUGUGGUGACUGUAUGUGUGUUUGUGCCUACUGCGGUGCGUUGUUCUGGUACAUUGAGAGAAUCGUUAAUACAUCUACAGCUGAUCCUCCUAGAUAUAAUCAUUGUUGUAGAGGUGGAGAUGUUGUACUUCCUUAUCCUUCCAUGUUUCCCACCGACUUUGUUGCUCUGUAUCAAAAUUCAGGUUUUUUAAGGGAUAUUAGGGCUUAUAACAACAUGUUUUCUAUGACUUCUUUUGGGGCAAACGUAGAUGAGGAUGUGAAUGAUAACCGUGGUACUUAUGUUUUUAAGAUAUCUGGUCAGAUUAGCCACAAGAUUGGGUCCCUCUGUCCGGAUCCUAUAAAGGGUCCGAGGUUUCUGCAACUAUACCUCUUUGAUACUGGGAACGAAGUAGAGAACAGAUUGAGGCCUUUUGAUCAUCCUUCAAAGAGCGAUUUAGAUUGUAACAUUGUCAGCUAUCUGGUCAACUUUUUGGGGGCUAAUAACGAAUAUGUGCGCACCUUCAAGACUGCAAAACAAAUAGCAGAAGAAAGUAAUUUACAGUCAUAUGCGGUGCGACUCUUUAACAAUGUUGCAGAUCGUAGGUAUGAUUUGCCUUCGUCUGGGUCUUUGGGUUGUAUAGUAACUGGUGAUGACACAAUCUCUACAACAUCUGACAUCAUUAUCCAUUCCCAAUCGGGUCGGCCUUAA